AUGGCGCAAUCCAUACUGGACGAUAUCUCCCACAGGAGAUACAACCCACUGCGAGGAACCCACGUCUUGGUCUCCCCGCAUCGAACAAAAAGACCCUGGCAGGGCCAGCAAGAGUCUCCGUCUAAAACACUCCUACCGUCGUAUGAUCCUGCAUGCUACCUAUGCCCUGGAAACAAACGGGCCCAGGGUAGCCAAAACCCACAAUACACGAAGACUUUCGUCUUUGUGAACGAUUUUAGCGCGGUAAAAGAGGAGCAACCAAGCUAUGGGCAUGAAGAAGACCCCAACGAUCUCGCAUCCACCUUUCUUCAGGCAGUAUCAGUAACAGGCCGAUGCUAUGUCCUCACUUUCUCCGCAAGCCACAAUCUCACCUUGGCGGAUCUUUCGCCAAAUGAGAUAAUUCCCAUAGUUAAUGCCUGGACCGACAUUUAUAUUGGCCAUCUCCCGGCCCAUUCACCACUCGUGACGCGUGCGCAGACUGCAGUUCCGCUCGACUCGGCGGCACUGCAAAUCCCCAAACCAAACCAGCAGUAUCGCUACAUGCAGAUUUUUGAGAAUAAAGGGGCUGCCAUGGGGUGUUCUAAUCCCCACCCCCACGGACAAAUAUGGACCACAAGUUCCUUCCCAGAGGAACCACAGCAAGAACUCGAACAACUCAAAAAGUAUCGUCGAGAAAAGGCAGGGAGGAACAUGCUCGAAGACUAUGCUUCGCUUGAGCGAGAGAAACAGGACCGAGUGGUGUUUGAAAACGAUACGUUCCUGGCCUUGUGUCCCUGGUGGGCGGUGUGGCCGUUUGAAACACUAAUCAUUAGCAAAGAGCAUAAACGCUCGCUUGCAGAUUUGACGAUGCAAGAAAGAGAACAUUUAGCAGAGACAAUCGCCGACAUCACAAGGAGGUACGAUAAUCUCUUCGAGACGCAUUUCCCAUAUAGCAUGGGGAUACACCAAGCUCCGCUGGUUGGAACGGAAGAAGAAAUAGAGGCGUCUCAUUUGCAUAUACAUUUCUAUCCGCCGCUUCUGAGAAGUGCGACGGUAAGAAAAUUUUUGGUUGGGUAUGAGCUGAUGGCUGAGCCUCAGCGUGACAUCACCCCGGAGCAGGCAGCGGCGAAGCUAAGGGCCUGUGGAGGUGAAUUGUAUCGAAGAUUGGAUGAAGGGGCUACGAGAUGA